AUGGACGUCUACCAGGUCAACUCGCGAGCGAUCCACGAGGAGCCGCCGCUGACCGGCGAUGAGGAGGGACCCUCCACCGACGACGACGGCAGCGACAAUGACCGGGAGCCGCAGCAACCGCAGCAGCCGCAUGGCGACCUCGAGAAGCGUGCGACACGGGCGUCGACGGCGGCAUCGGUCGAGGAGACAUACCCCGAGGGCGGCGCCCAGGCCUGGCUCGUCGUCCUCGGCUCCUGGUUCGCCAUGCUGUCGUCCAUGGGCCUCAUGAACUCCAUCGGCGUCCUCCAAGCCUACACGCUGCAGCACCAGCUCCGCCGUCACAGCGAGGGUACCGUCGGCUGGAUCUUCUCCAUCUACACAUUCCUCGCCUUCUUCUGCGGCGUCUACAUCGGGCCCGUCUUUGACAAGUACGGCCCGCGCUGGCUCGUCGUCGCCGGCUGCACGAGCACCGUCGUCGGCGUCGUGAGCCUCAGCUUCUGCACCGGUUCGUCGUUCGCCGCUCCCCGAACCUCACGUCCCCCCCCCUUCGCGCCCCUGCUGACCGUUCCGGACCCAUCCGCAGAGCUCUGGCAGUUCAUCCUCUCCUUCGGCGUCCUCUGCGGCUUCGGCACCUCCCUCCUCUUCACCCCCUGCAUCGCCGCCGUCGGUCACUGGUUCCGUCGCCGGCGCGGCUUCGCCACCGGCAUGGCCUCGACCGCCGGCGGCAUCGGCGGCAUCAUCUUCCCCCUCAUGCUCCCGGCCCUCUUCGACCGCAUCGGCUUCGCCUGGGCCACGCGCGUGCUCGCCCUCGUCUGCCUCGUCUGCGGCCUCGUCGGCAUCCUCCUCGUCCGCUCCCGCCUGCCGCCGGCCCGAAACGCGACGGCCCACCCCGACUUUCGCAUCUUCAAGCAGGUCCCCUUCACCCUCACCACCCUCGGCAUCUUCCUCCUCGAGUUCUCCCUCUUCAUCCCGCUCGGUUACAUCUCCACCUACGCCGUCCGCAACGGCUUCACCGAGACCUUUGCCUUUCACCUGCUGCCCAUCAUGAACGCCGGCUCCGUCGUCGGCCGCGCCCUGCCCGGCUACUACGCCGACGUCGUCGGCCCCUUCAACGUCUGCGUCUUCUCCGUCCUCCUCUCCCUCGUCGCCUGCCUCUGCGUCUGGCUGCCGCUCGGCCACACCACCGCCGGCAUCGUCAUCUUCUCCAUCCUCUUCGGCUUCGGCAGCGGCACGAGCAUCGCCAUCGCCCCCGUCUGCAUCGGUCGCAUGUGCAAGACGCAAAAUUACGGCCGCUACUACGCAACGACCUACACCGUCGUCUCCUUUGCCUGCCUCAUCGGCAUCCCCAUCGGCGGCAGCAUCGUCGAGGCCAACGACGGCUCCUACACCCAGCUCAUCAUCGUCACCGGCGUCGUCUAUGUCGGUUCCGCAGCCUGCAUGAUAGCCGCCAAAGUCUGGCACCUAGGCUGGGGGAAUCUUCUGGCCGCCUACUGA